AACUGGAAUUGAUUGUGGGAUCUCCAGCUUCCUGCAUGGAACUGCAGCUGUUCAGCCCAGAUGACAAAUUCAUUGGCUUACUAGACCAAGAUGAUGCACUCCUUGGUUCCUAUCCUGUUGAUGACCGCUGCCGGAUACAUGUAAUAGACCAAAGUGGAGUGAACAUUGGAGAGUUUGAAGAUGUGUCUAAAGUUAUAAAGUAUGAAAUGUCCAAUGAAGCGUAUGAUAAGAGAACAGAUUCAAUGCGUUUGUUCCUGAAACGCAGUAAAUUGGGCUUGUAUAAUGAGGAGCAGAAGGCAAAAAAUCAGAUUGAACUUGAACGGAGAGUACAAGAAGAAAAAGCUUUGGCUGAUGCCAUUCUAGUUGGUGCAAGAUGUGAAGUUGUAAUCUCGGGACAACCAUCCAAACGGGGCACCGUAAUGUAUGUGGGUCAAACAGAUUUUAAACCAGGAUAUUGGAUUGGACUGAAAUAUGAUGAACCUUUAGGGAAACAUGAUGGCAGUGUGAACGGGAAGAGGUAUUUUCAAUGUCAGUUCAAGUAUGGUGCAUUUGUGAAGCCACAGUCUGUAACGGUGGGAGAUUAUCCAGAAGAGGACUACGGUCUAAAUGAUGAAAUGUGAAUACUACUAAUUGCCUACAGCUUUGAAGCAUUGACAUAUUGUAUGUGGACAUUUGUCUUUAUGAUGCUGAUUACAGUUGAUUCCUCCUUGCAGCCACGUUCAGGUGCUUGGAAUUCCUGAACACGUUGGGACUUUGAUGUUAUCUUGUUUACAUGCUCUGCAGAUAGAGUUUGGCUCAUGGUGAAAGAGAUGACCAUUACAUUUAUAUUUGCAAGAUUAAGAUUUCUAAUUUACUGGCUGACACUAGUUACUUGUAAAUUUGCUGAGUUUGUAAUGUACACUAGUUUGACAACUAGCCACUGCCAAUGUCAUUGUUGGGAUUUCUGAGUAAACAUUUGAGUGAAAGGUUUCUAGUCCUAAUGUAAGCCAUGAUAAUUAAUAUCAUACAACAUCAGGACAUUAUUCUAUAAUGCCCAUUUCAGCUUAUUCAGACAUAUUUGUGAAAGAACAGUUUAUUCCUUCUGAAUUUUGUGUCCUUUAUACUUAUGUAUUUUUCUCACCAGGGCAAAGGUCAAAAGUUGAAGUCAAUGACCUGCUGCUGAUUGUCACAAUAGUAACUUUAGAUAAUAUUGCCAGCUACUCUGUUGAUUACCACAUUAAAGUUAGCAGGUUGUAUAUCACUUGUUUCCUGUGAUAGAAGGUCACAACAACAGUUGUUAAAUCUUUUUAAUUUAUUCUGAGACAUCUGUUGGUGCAACUUGUACAAACAAAGGCUUUAAAUCUUGCAUCAAUACUGCCUUGAUACUGUACUGACCUAAGUUAUUUAUGCACAAGACAAUGUCAUAUCGGCUACGUAAGACAUUUAAUGGUAAAAAUGUCUUUUUUUACUAAUGUUUCCUUUUAUUCUUUUCUGAUGAGUUAAUAACACUUAAUUGAGAUUUUAAAGUUUACAUUAUCUUGCCAAACACCCACAUCCUUUUCCUUAAAAGGAAGGGACAAUGAUUUACUCCUGUAUCGCUGAAGAGUUGCUUUAUAAGGAGGGUGUGCACGUAAGGUUUUUGUGUUAAAUGAAAGCAACAUUUUUGUUUCUGCCUUAACUUUGUACAACUGGACAUUCUUGCUGAUGAUCAUUUAAAUCCAGUGAGAAAUUACCAUUUUGAAGUACAGCACCGUUUACUUAUCUCUCCUCUGUAUUUUUUCUGGUACAAAUGUUUUAAGAGAAAAUGUCAGUUGGAAAGCAGUUACUUUACCAUCAAGAUGUGUUUCACAGUUGAAUGCACUAUUAAGAUUGCCUCACAGCAAAGUUUUGGGACAAAAACACCAAUGUGUUUUUUGUGAUGAGAUGUAAAAGAUAGUGGAGAAAUAAAGCAUCCUUACCUCGUGGAAGCUUUA